AUGCAAAAUACAAAUAUUGGAAACGUAUCGCAACUGUCCAGCGCUCUUCGUCAUGUGAAUAUUAAUAAUAACGAAAGUGCUGGGAAUAUGAACAAGAAUGGCAGUAAUGAGAUACUUUUUGGUGGUAAUGAUAUGAUAAAUAAUAAUGGCGAUAAUGAUAAGAAUAAUAUCAUGCAACAACAAUUAAAUCAACAACAAUCAAAUCAACAAAAUGGGACAGAACAACAACAAGAUCAGCAACUACAACAAGGCCAUCAUACAAAUGCUCACCAACAGGUUCAUUUGGAAGAUAUGUUACAUCCAUUCACGAUACAGCAGCAGCAGCAACAACAACAAGCACAACAGCAAGCACAAAAUAUCUUAGGCAGCGAAUACAAUCCUGCACAACAUUCAAGGAUUACACAAUAUUUCCAAAAUUUACCUGUCGAAGGUUAUACCUUAUUUUCACAUAGAUCAGCUCCAAACGGCUACAAAGUCGCUUGUGCAUUAAGUGAAUUGGGUUUACAAUAUAAUACUUUCUUCUUGGAUUUCGCUACCGGAGAACAUAGAGCUCCAGAAUUUGUAUCACUGAAUCCAAACGCUAGAGUGCCAGCUUUGAUCGACCAUAGUCUGGAAAACCUAGGAAUUUGGGAAUCCGGUUCCAUUAUGUUGCAUCUGGUAAAUAAAUACUAUAAAGAAACUGGUGAUCCAUUAUUAUGGUCUGAUAACCUGGCAGAACAAUCUCAAAUCAAUUCUUGGAUUUUUUUCCAAACUUCCGGCCAUGCUCCAAUGAUUGGUCAAGCUCUUCAUUUCAAAUACUUCCAUUCUCAAAAAAUUCCUAGUGCAAUUGAAAGAUAUACAGAUGAAGUUAGACGAGUUUAUGGUGUGUUGGAAGUCGCUUUAGCGGAAAGAAGAGAAGCCCUUGUCAUGGAACUAGACACUGAAAAUGUGGCAUCAUAUUCGGCAGGUACUACACCAAUAUCACAAAGCAAAUUUUUUGAUUAUCCUGUAUGGCUAGUAGGUGAGAAUAUUACAAUAGCAGAUUUAUCAUUUUUACCAUGGAAUAAUGUUAUCGACAGAAUUGGAAUAAAUAUUAGGGUUGAAUUCCCUGAAGUUUAUAAAUGGACAAAACAUAUGAUGAGAAGACCUGCCAUUAUUCAGGCUCUAAGAGGUGAAUAA